AUCGUCGGCAACAUUCGUCGUGAUUCGCGCGCAAUCGGUUUUCGCGUACAAGAUGGCGGUUCCCGUGGAGGUAGCGAAACCUGGCUGCGGUGUGACGUCACGCCAUAGUAGUGUUGUGCGGUUAUGCGUUCGUGAAUUCCGCCAUUGAAAGUCCGUGAUCGUGUUCAGAUCAAUGGCGGGUUAGAUGGACGAAUAUGUGACACGGUAAAAGGUUCGGCGAGAGUGUCGUGAUUAAUCGUGAAGGUUUUGCUGGCUUCUGGUCGCCGGCGUGGCGCGCCGCGCGCGAGUGUUGUAUCUCUGAUAGAGUAGGCGGUAUAUUGGACCUCGCACCGGGAGUGAGCUCGCGCGUGCGGAUCUCUCUGGUCGCGUAGUGUCUCAUGUGCGAGAUGGCCGGUAAGUAAGCGUGAUAAGCGGCGGGUGUCUGGUCCGCGUCUCGUCGCCGUCGUAUUUCUAUCGCACGCCGUGCGAAGCAAACGGUGCGUCGCUCCUGCUGGCCGCCUCGCCGCGCCGCGGCAACCUGAACCUUGACCCAGAUACUAUAUCACGGGUUCACGGGUAUAUCCGCAGCGCUCGCGGUGCACGCAACGUUCUUCUCUUCGUCAAUUCCGCAUCCUCAAAUAUAAUCACCCGUACCCACUCUCUGGAUUCUUGCCGUGCGCGGGGCCAGAUGCGCCCGUCGCCGACCACGGCGACGGCAGCGGCGGCGGCGGCGGCGACGGCCUAGAAGCACGAUGGAUUGCGCCGAAACUUCAAGCAAUGGUGACAUACAGUGGUGUUUCUCGCAGGUGAAAGGAACAUUAGAAGACGAUGUCACUGAAGCUGAUAUAAUCUCGUGUGUUGAAUUUAACCACGAUGGUGAUCUUCUUGCAACAGGAGAUAAAGGUGGACGGGUUGUUAUUUUUCAAAGAGACCCCAUUAGUAAAAACAGUAUACCACGGAGGGGUGAAUACAAUGUAUAUAGCACCUUCCAGAGUCAUGAACCCGAGUUCGAUUACCUGAAAUCACUAGAGAUAGAAGAAAAAAUUAAUAAAAUUAGGUGGCUAAAAAGAAAAAAUCCUGCGCAUUUUUUGCUUUCCACAAAUGACAAAACAAUUAAGUUGUGGAAAGUUAGCGAGCGGGAUAAAAGAGUAGAGGGUUACAAUACAAAGGAGGAAAAUGGUUCGAUUCGUGAUCCUGCUUGUAUCACUUCCUUAAGGGUACCGUCUAUAAAACCAAUGGAGUUGAUGGUGGAAGCGUCGCCAAGAAGAAUAUUUGCCAAUGCGCACACCUAUCAUAUAAACAGUAUAAGUGUCAACAGUGAUCAAGAGACAUACCUCAGUGCUGAUGACCUUAGAAUUAAUCUAUGGCACCUUGAGAUCACAGAUCAGAGUUUUAAUAUAGUAGACAUUAAGCCAACUAACAUGGAGGAGUUAACAGAAGUUAUAACUGCUGCAGAAUUUCAUCCAGCAGAAUGUAACGUUUUGGUAUAUAGUAGUAGCAAAGGAACAAUUAGACUUUGUGACAUGAGAUCUGCCGCGCUUUGUGACCAACACAGUAAACUAUUUGAAGAACAGGAAGAUCCAACCAACAGAAGUUUUUUCUCUGAAAUAAUCUCGAGUAUAAGCGAUGUAAAACUUAGUCAUUCAGGAAGAUAUAUGAUCAGUAGAGACUACCUCAGUGUGAAAGUGUGGGAUUUACAAAUGGAAACCAGACCUAUUGAAUGUUACCCUGUACAUGAAUACCUAAGAUCAAAAUUAUGUUCACUGUAUGAAAAUGAUUGCAUCUUUGACAAAUUUGAAUGUUGUUGGAGUGGUAAUGAUUCUGCUAUCAUGACGGGCUCGUAUAAUAAUUUCUUCAGAGUAUUUGAUCGUACAACUAAGCGUGAUUUGACACUGGAAGCAGCGCGUGACAUUGCCAAACCAAAAACACUUCUAAAACCGCGUAAGGUCAGUACCGGUGGUAAACGUAAAAAAGAUGAAAUUACCGUCGACUGCCUGGAUUUUAAUAGGAAGAUACUACACACUGCAUGGCAUCCAUCUGAAAAUGUAGUAGCUGUUGCUGCUACGAACAACCUCUUCCUAUUCCAAGACAAACUCUAGCACAUCUGUAUGCAAAUUAUUCAACGGUAUAUAUUGACGUGAGCAGGACACGUUGAACUGAAGAGUCCCAGUGGAAUAAAGGGUGUCUGAAUUACACUGACGAAAGUCGACUAUUAACGCGUCAAUGGUUGACUGACCGAAAAGUGGUGUACGUAGCGCCGUCCACGCAGCUCGCAUAUUCAUACACACUAUGUAUACACAGACAUACAGAAUUGCACGUAACACCUUGUCGCGCGUAUAUGUGUAUAUAAAUGCAUGCAAGCAGAGGCAUAUGCAUAGAUCGCCAGACUACUAAAGUUCGCUAGUUGAAAUAAAAUUGCACGUGGAACCAUUGCCCACUGAUAGAAGAAAAAUGUACAGUUCAACCAAUCAACAGACUCGUGUUGGCGGUUAUUAUUUAACUGUUUUUAAUCAAAUAAUAAUAUUUUUUCGGUUCGUUUGUAUUAUAGGGAUUGCGCUAUUGCGCAAAUUGAAAUAUGUAUUUUUAACGUAUGCGAUCUUUUUACAGUACGGAAUAAUGUUCAUGAAAAAAGUGUAUCAGUUGAACCAAGUGCAAGGAUUUAAAAGUUUAUUACAUGCGACUUUGUGUAUUCCCGAUACGUGUGCGUAGCACAUACAUACACUUACUUAAUAAAUUAUUUGCAGAAUAAAAUAAAAUUAAAAAAAAUGCCUAACAAGCGCAGAAUUAAAAGUAGGAAUGGUCGUAUGUGCCAAUGAGAUUUAUUUAUAACUUGUCGCUAUUUUAUUCUUAUUUCAGUAUUGCUCUUCGUAAGAUUUCGUGUAAUAAAAGCCUACAUUUUCAGUAGAUAGUCGAUUCAAAAUUACAAUUUUUUCGUAUCGAAAACUACUUCUUCCUUCGAUCUUAGGGUAAAUAAUAUUUUCACACUUAUUAGUAACAGCGAUUAAUGGAUCAAAAUGUACCAGCAGUUACCAUUACGGAUAAAACGAAGCUUUCGAUUACUUGAAUUAAUCGUUCGUCAUCGUUUAGUACAAAAACAGUAAGGUUAAAUGAUAGGACUAUAUUCUCCUGUUUUUAUUUUCAUAAGAAAAAUCUUCAUCUUUUUAUCGAAUGCCAGUUGAAAAGAAAUAUUCGCCGAUACGAGUCGAAAUGUGAAAAUAUGAAUCGAAUUCCACAAAGCUACCAAAAACUUGAAGGAAAUGUUCAAUAUUUAUGCAUUGCAUACUUUAAGCAAUAAAACAGCAUGGGUGGUGCGAGGCACCAUUCGUCGAUUGUUGCUUUCUAAUGAAAAAUUGCUCGGCCAGGAAAUAUAUACGGAAACUGUGGUAACUAUAGACGGAAUACAGAUUUUCUAAUAUUUCUUAUUGAUAACUUAUUAACACUUAUACACUUACACAUAUAAGCAACGAUUUCGUACACAGAUAAAGAUAACCUUAAAAAGUGCAUUUGACGAUGGUAAGCUGGGCUUGCAGAGUUUAUAUAAAUUAAAUAUGCGCUGUGUAACAUGUAUAUUAACGGAAUGUAACUAUAACAUUCGCGAAAACCUAUAGGGACGAAAAUUCGAUGUACUAAUAAGAUCGAAACAUACGCGCGGGUUACCAAUCGCGAUCAAGGUGAAUACAAUUGAAAUUUUUUUAACGAUGAAAAACAAUAGCGAAAGUUGUCUUAGCGACACAAUACCCAACAUCGGUGACUUGAAUUAUACAUGAUCAAGAAUUAGAGCUAAAUAAUUUUCACGUGUACAAAUAAGGAUUCUUGAUACAAGCUAACAAUCGACUUUCGAGAUUUCCUAACGGUACAUAAGCAAUCAUAUAGUUUUAUAAAAACAACAAAAAAAAAAAAUAUAUAUAUAUGGCCGCUAUAUUAAAAGAUUAUUGUAGGAGAUUUGCUCGGACUCGCCAAUUGUCCUUGAUUUCAUAUAAAUUCUCUGAAAGAUCUGCUAUGUCGCCAAAAAUAAACGUGAUGUAAAAUUAUGCGCUUCGAUUAGUUCCAACCGAUCACAUUCUUAUUAAAACGAUGUAACGUUUAAUAUUAAGUUUUAGGUAUCGAAAAAUUAAUUAAUUAGGUAUUUUAUGCGUUAGGUUUCAGAGCCAACAAAAUUAUCAAAUAAUUAUUAUUACGUUUCCUGCGAUGCAGCUCUCACUCGUCUUAUAGUUUCAUACGAAAAUUAUGCACGCGAGAAUAUAUUAACGUCCGAGAACUAUACUUGAAUCUCUGCUAGAGUAUCGCUUAAGGUAUUCGAUCCCGUAAUUAACACAUUUGUGUGGGAAAAAAAAGGAAACCGACUUGUACGUUUUAUUCACUGCAAUGCAUGAAACGUAAUAAUGAAGUACCAAGCCAAGACUUAUUACUCAGUAUCUUUGUAACGCGACAUUUAGGCGAUUGUGUACUCACGGAGAAAGAGGGUGAAAAGACACACGAAUAAAAAUGCAAAACCAUAAUCGAUGUAAGCUGUAAUCAUAAUACGUUUAUCAAAAAGGAUAUUAAGGCGCGUUGAAACCGCGAUAUUCGUUCUGUGCUCGAACAAAAUGUAGAGUUAUUUUUACAAUAAGUAAUAUUAUUAUCGCUAUUAUUAUUAUAGGGAUUCUGCGUUACUUGGUUGUUUUGUUAACUGCUAUGCAGGUUCAGUCACGACGAUGACCAUUUGAUCUGUUCGGUUAGCUAGGCAGCAUGAUGUCGAUGAUGUAAUUAAUCGCGGACUAAAACGAUUGUGUUAAGUGGCCGGAAUAAAACCGAUACUUGUCACGCGGUGAAGCGGUUUCAUGGGAGCUGUUAUUAUACAGGGUGUUCCAUAAUUUAGGUACACCCGAGUGCUUUUUUUUGUCCAGAAAUAACUCGGAAACGUGAUGAUUUCAAAACGUUCAAACUUAUUUUUUUUUUUAACGAAGAUUUGCUCUUCUUUUAGUUGUACUUACAGGGCACUCUGCAUUCCAAAGCACUCGAAGUAUGCAACGAAGGGCUCGGGGUUCACGUCGGAUCUUUUUUGAACGUUCGUAAAGUUAAUUGUUGACGAGAUCGAUCACUAAUACGAGAACUACAAUAUGACAAAUUAUCGACAAAAAAAAAAUAUGAAUCACUGAAACUGACAGUCACGAAAUCACUUAAAUGCAAUUUAUAUCUUCUUACUUGAUACGGAGGAUGAAAGGGGGGUGGAAGGGCAACACUGAGAUGUCCCGUGCAUGAUGAACUCCUCCGGAAGACAUACUGACUUAGAAAAAAAAUGCCUUACGACGUCGUAUCAUCGCUGCAUCCGUGCAUCGGACAAUCCGAAUUGACGUAAAAGUUGAAAAUAACAAAAAAAAAAAAAAAAAAAAAAUGAAGAACGUUGAGCAGAGUAGAACUUUUGGCACGCAGGACCUGUCUCGUUGUGAUAAUAAACGUCAUUCUAUUACUAGCCGAAUGUUGGAGCUCUAUUUUUAUUAACAUACCACAUACGUAUUAUUAGUCCAUACUUAGCAUUUUUAUAGCGAAUACGUAAGGAGUCUUUUUACCUGUCUUGCGUGAGGAACAAAAGGAAACAGAAAUGCGAUAGCAAAAUCCGCGACACUUUCGCGAGUUAAAUUUUACAUGGAUUUUCUUCGUAAUAUCAGUGGUAUAUAUAUAUAUAUAUACAUAUAUAUAUUUCCGUCACGCGAAAGACAGUAAAAGUCGAUCGUUACAACAUGAAUUCAUUUCUUCUCGCCGAUGUACGCAAUUAAGUAGAAAGAACGAUCAUGAUGUCCACCGUCUAAAUGCGGAUAAUCGUGCCAUAGAACGUCUAUGCGUAAAGAUAUUGUCAUUUUUACUCUCUACUUUACAUUCUAUCCAACCCCCUCGAUAGAAGAUUGAUCUAGUUUGUUUUGUGAAUCAAAAUUACAUGUCUGCACGGAAACGAUGUAAUUUAAAGCGUUAGAUAGCGAGAAGAGUGAUGUACAAGCAUAAACGAAUAAUGAGCAAAACAAAACCUGUCGAAAAUCCCCAACGGUAAUCGAGUAACAAUAAUUUUUCGAACCUGCUUUUCAUUUUUACCAUUCCAUCUGAUCGUGAUCGUUUCGAUCGAUCCUCGGACGGGUCUCGAAGAGAUUUCGUUUACAGUCUAUCUGAAUUUCUUCGAGAUUAUUUCGAGUUUACUUUGUACCGCAUAAUGUGCCUCAAGAGAUGUCAGCAUUACCGAGUGAACAAGUGGCGAUUCAAAUUCAUGGUAUCGAUCAAUCUGUUUGCAAAAGAAAACGACGAAGAGUAAUAAUGAUAGAAUCGAGUUGAAAAGCUGCGAGCGCGUACAAUUGUCGAUAAGAUUCGUCGUAAAACAUUGAUACCAGGAGAACAAGACCAGACAAGAAGCGAAUUUCCAAGGAGAUCGCUAAUGAAAAGACACUUGUAUUAUAAUAUAGCGUUAUGAUAGCAUAUGUAAGCGCAUUAAGGAUUCGAUUAAUUAACGGAGAAACGAGUGAACACUGCGCCGAGAUCUAGAUAAGUUAUACAUAUAUAUGUGGGCAUAUAUAUGUAUAUAUAUAUACAUACACUUAUAUACAUAUAUACACAGGAUGUUCGGCCACCCUUGGGAAAAAUUUUAA